AUGUCUAAUUCCAGAUUAUUACGUGUCACAAAAUCACCAGCCGUCUCUUCCCGUAUUCAUCGCGAGCAGUCCAAACGAAAACGACGUAAAAAAGAGCCACCAUUCCUUCUGCGAAAUUGCAUCAAAGCACGGGAAGAAUGGAGCAGAUAUGAGGCGAAAAUGAAGCAAUGGGCUUCGGAGCAGUAUGAGAAAAAGAAACGUGAACGAAAGGCAGCACGAGAUGCUUUGAAAGCGCACAAUGAAUCCAGCACUGAGAGUAAUUGUUCGUCUCGUGGUGAACAUUCUAGCUUCGAGAAGAGUUUGUUCGGUGCUCAAGAGGGAGGCCUACUCAGAUCGUUCUACACUAUAUGGAAUAUAAAUCGUCUGAAGGCACAAACGGCAACUUGUGAGGAGGUCAAUAACGUUUCGUUUUGUUCAGUGUGUGAUUUUGCUUUAGUUUUUAUUCGUGUAUAA